AUGUGGCUCGUAGUGCUUGUGUUUGUUGGAGUUCAUUUUGCUUAUGCUGGAAAACACUCUCUGAAAUACUUCUACACUGGUGUGUCUGGAGACAUUGACUUCCCAGAGUUCACUGCAGUUGGUCUGGUUGAUGACGAGCAGUUUAUGUACUUUGACAGCAACAAAAAGGAAGCUGUGCCGAAGACAGAGUGGAUGAAACAGAAUGAAGGAGCAGAUUACUGGGACAGACAGACUCAGCCCCUGAUUGGCAGCCAUCAGACCUUCAAAAACAACAUACAGUUCCUAAAGGAAUGGUUCAACCAAUCAGCAGGUGUGCACACACUCCAGCGAAUGUACGGCUGUGAGUGGGAUGAUCAAACUGAAGCAACAAAUGCAUUCAAACAGUAUGGGUAUGAUGGAGAGGACUUUGUGUCUCUGGACUGGAAAGAGCUGAGAUAUUUUUCUCCAGUGCAGCAAGGAGUCCAAACUGCACAGAACUGGAACAAUAAAAAAGGCUUCCUUGAGAAUGACAGAAAUUACUACAGCAUUGUUUGUAUUGAGUGGUUGAAGAAUUAUCUGCAAUAUGGAAAGAGGAGACUGCAAAAAAUGGUCUCUCCUCGGGUGUCUCUGCUGCAGAAGUCUUCCUCGUCUUCAGUCUCGUGUCAUGCUACAGGUUUUUACCCCAGUGGAGUAACAAUCACCUGGAUGAGAAAUGGACAAGAGCUUCAUGAGGAUGUAGAUCUCAGUGAACUUCUUCCCAAUGAGGACGGGACCUUUCAGAGGACGAGCACCAUCAAAUUUACACCUGAUGAGUAUAAGAACAACAAGUUCAGCUGUGUGGUGGAGCACCAGGGCAAAACCAUGACAGCAAAUGAGAUCAGGACAAACAAUGCAGAUUCUGCUCCCAUCAGCAUCAUUGUUGGUGUUGUUGCUGUUGUCCUGUUAAUGUUCAGUGGUGUCGCUGGAUAUUUGGUGUAUUGGAAAAAAGAAAAAUUAGGGCCUAACACCUCAGCUGUUGACAGUGCCACAAGUCUACUAUCCUCUGACAGCUCAAGUGUUGAAAACACCAAGGGCCCAAAAAAAAGAGACACAAGAUGAUUGUGCAAGACACAA